CUCUUAAUACAAUUUGUUGUCAUUUAAUAUUGAGUCACGAUAAAAUUAACAAAUUAGUAUUAUAUUAUCUUUGCAUUAUUAAAGUGUUUAGAUAAUUAAAAAAAUAUAUAAUAUACAUACAUAUAUUUAAAUCAAAAUAAUUUUGUUAUGGGAGAAAGAAAUAUAAAUGAUUGGAGACCAUUUGUUUAUGGUGGUUUGGCAUCAAUUGUUGCUGAAUUGGGUACAUUUCCAUUGGAUACUACCAAAACUAGAUUACAAAUACAGGGACAAAAGUACGACAAGAGAUAUUCACAUAUCAAAUAUUCAGGAAUGACGGAUGCUAUAAUUCAAAUAUCAAAGCAAGAAGGAUAUAAAGCAUUAUACUCUGGAAUAAGUUCGGCUAUUUUGAGACAGGCUACAUACGGAACUAUAAAAUUUGGAACAUAUUAUUCUCUCAAACAAAGUGCAAUGGAUAAAUGGGGUUCCAAUGAUCUAGUGUUGAUUAAUAUUGUAUGUGCUGCACUAGCUGGUGCUAUAUCAAGUGCUAUUGCAAACCCUACUGAUGUUGUCAAAGUUAGAAUGCAGGUCACUGGUAUUGAAACCAACAUGACAUUAUUUGGAUGUUUUCAAGACGUUUAUCAUCAUGAAGGAGUGCGUGGAUUAUGGCGAGGUGUUGGUCCUACUGCUCAAAGGGCUGCAAUCAUUGCUGCAGUGGAAUUGCCAAUAUAUGAUUUCAGUAAAAAGGAAUUGAUACCAUUUUUAGAAGAUAGCGUAGCUAACCAUUUCAUAUCUAGUUUUAUAGCCAGCAUGGGAAGUGCUGUAUUUUCUACUCCAAUCGAUGUUGUUAGGACGAGACUAAUGAAUCAAAGGAGAUUUAGAAGUAACUGCAGAUCCUCAUCUUUAGAUAUUUAUUCUAGCAGUAUGGAAUGUUUCAUUCAGACUUGCAAGAACGAAGGGUUUUUUGCUCUUUACAAGGGUUUUUUGCCUACAUGGCUGAGGAUGGGACCUUGGAAUAUUAUAUUUUUUAUCACAUAUGAGCAAUUAAAAAAAUUUUAACUUGAUAAAAGAUAAUAAAUGUAAAUAAAAUAUUAAUGUAAAUGAGAGCUAAAAAAUUAGUGUUGAGGAUAGUUAUUGAAUCUGGUUU